AUGCUUCCUAGCUUUACAAACUUCUCCCGCCCACUCCGACAAGCCGCACCUACAGUCAUCAGAUCAUUCAGCGGAACUGCAGCCAUCAUGGGUGUACAGAAGACGGUUAUUAGCGAGGGAAGCGGCGCGAGCCCGCAGAAGGGGGACACGGUUACCAUGGAGUACACCGGAUGGUUGCGCACUCCAGGCCAGCCCGAGGAGAAGGGCAAGCAGUUCGACUCUACGACCGGUCGCGGAUCUUUCCAGACACCUAUUGGCGUUGGACGUGUCAUCAAGGGCUGGGACGAGGGCGUCGUCACCAUGAAGCUCGGCGAGAAGGCGCGCCUCGACAUCACCAGCGACUUUGCCUACGGCAGCCAGGCGUUCCCUGGUCUGAUUCCCCCGAACUCGGACCUCAUCUUCGAGGUUGAGCUCAAGAAGAUCAACUAGAUUUCUACCUCGGCGGAUCGAAGGGGAACGGGGAUGUGAUGGAACAAGAAAUACUAGGAUCACAUUCAGAAGACAAUAGUGGCUGCUAGAGCAUAUCAAUGCCAUGUGUGCCCCAUGUC